ACGUCGGUGUCGGUGUCGGUGUCGGCGUCGUCCUCGGCGUCGGCGUCAUCCUCGGCGUCGACGUCGUCCUCGGCGUCGACGUCGUCCUCGGCGUCGACGUCGUCCUCGGCGUCAGCGUCGUUUCUUCGAGACGAUUUACCGGUACUAUUGGAAGAUGUUGAUUUAUUCACCAGAGAACGGAUGUGGCUUCAAUUGGAUGGUGCGCCAGCACAUUAUUCAAAUAUUGUAAGAAAUUAUUUGAAUAACCGAUACAAUGCACGAAGCGAAGGCAGUAUUGCUAAGACGACGCCGAGGACGACGCUGACACCGACGCUGACGCCGAGGACGACGUCGACGCCGAGGACGACGUCGACGCCGAGGACGACGUCGACGCCGAGGAUGACGCCGACGCCGAGGACGACGCCGACACCGACACCGACACCGACGUCGAAGACGACGCCGACGCCGACCCCGGCAACAAUGAUGAUGCCGGCAACGAUGAUGAUGAUGAUGCCGACGUCGACACCGACGGCGAUGAUG